AAUCGGUGAUUUUCGCAGAGAGUGUUUGCGAUCGCUACUGACGAUACGCGUAUGCUGUGUUCAAUAGACCAGAUCACCCACGAUGCCAUUGUCAACUGAGAACGAAGUGAUAAGUAAAAAACUUUUGACGAUAGUUUACGUAGUAAAGGAUGGGAAAGUGCUGUUAGGACUGAAGAAGCGUGGAUUUGGUGCUGGUAACUGGAAUGGAUUUGGUGGUAAAGUUGAGACCGGGGAAACCAUUGAACAGGCUGCUAGAAGGGAACUUGAAGAGGAGUGCGCCCUCACUGUUGACCGACUUGAAAAGAUUGGUGUCGUUGAUCAGGAAUUUGUAAAUGAUCCUGUCGUUUUGGAGAUUCAUAUUUUUAAAGCCGACAAUUACCAUGGAAAUCCUGCUGAAUCAGAAGAAAUGAAACCUAAAUGGUUCAGCGCGGAAGACAUACCGUUCGAUAAGAUGUGGGCCGAUGAUAAAUACUGGAUGCCGUAUUUAUUGAAGAACGUACGUUUCUAUGGUUACUAUCUCUUUGAAGGGUUUCACACUAUUAUAAAACAGAAAUUGGUGAAAAUAGACGACGUUGGAGAAUCAGUCAAGAGUUUGUUGCAUAUGUACAGAGGAAAGGUUUAA